GCCAUCAGCAACCUUCACAGCCUUGCGCCCCCGAAGGGGUGGAUUUCAAAUCAUGAUAACCGUUGCAACAUGUUUGGUCAUGUCGGAUCAAGCGUUCUUGCCUGCUCCCCGCCUCUCUCUGCGUUAUGCCAGCGUCCGCAUGGGACAGCCUGAUUGUGAAGUGCGGGCCUUGCAAGGCGCCCGGGUGUCAGUACCGUGCCGUGCGCGGGUCCGAGUACUGCUGUCGGUACUGCCAGCACGCCGCCUGCCCCGACAGCGCCGACGUGGCCAGAGAAUGUUGCCCGAGAUCACCAGACGGCCACGAGCCAGAGUGCCCCCGGUUAAAGCGCUGCGUGCUGCAGAGGAGCUGGUGGGAGCUGUUCCAAUGCGACCAAUCCUACGACGAGGAGGCGGCCUGCCUAGUAGUACCGCCGGACAACUUCGAGAGCCUGAGUGCGCCAUCGCCGGUGCUGCUUUUCCUGUCGGGCAACGGCCACGUCAACGACCGCGAGGACUUCUUGUGGGGUUGCGUGGACACUCUCCUGCGCAACCCAGAAGUCCAGUCUAAGUUCUUCGUCGUCGCGCCGAAGCCCACGACUAGCUGUGGUUUGCUGAGGUAUACCGGCGACGGCUGGAAGAAAUCAUGGGCAGAGGACGCUGUGUGGGCCUUCUUCACCGAGGUACUCCGGAGGCUGGGGCCCUCACAGGUGGAUCCCGCGCGGCUCUACUCCACUGGGCUUUCGCUCGGCGCCGCUGGCGUGUGGCACUUAGCUGUCACCUUCGGCCAUUACAUGGCGGCGGUGGCACCUAUUUCAGGGGGUUGCGGGUGGCCUGGCAACUCGUGGCCAGAAGAUGCUGGCCCGGAUCCGAUUGUGAAGGCGCGGUUGGAGGCGCUACCCAUAAGGGCUUACCAGAUCGACGUGGACACGCGGGCCGGCAACCCAGAAAGGGACAUGACGUGGUUGUGCUGGGAUGUAGAGGAAGAGAGGGCUGAGCUUUGCCUGCCUGGUGUGGACCCUGGGACGACCGUGGAGGUGAAGACGCGCUGCUGGCAGCGGCGAGCCGGCGCGCCCUGGGACCUCUGGAUGCCAGUUGGUCCCCUGCAGGACCACAGCUUCUGGAGCAGGUGGGGCGGAGACAGCCACUGCCUGUGGACGCGAGUCUAUCCCUUCCCCGAGUGGGGCCUGGCCGAGUUCCUCCUGCGGCACUCCACGCCGAAGGCGCGGCAGUGGCGCUUCGAUGACCCCCCGCUGCUGGUGGACACCACGGAGCUCCGGCGGCAGCAGGAGGCCGCCUGGGCGGAGGAGGCGGCCGCGGGUCCGCAGGCGCGGGCGCGGGAGGCCGUGGGCGCUGACGGGGCGGCCGACGAGCACGACCACGCCGCGACGGGUCAGCCCCCGAGGCCGGUCGCGGCCAGCGAGGCCAAGAAGGCCCGCGUCGCGCAGGAGGCGCCGGAGGCCCUCGGCCCCGAGGCGGACGCGGCCAGGGCCGCGUGAGGCGCCCGCGCGGCGGGGCUGCGUGGCUGCGGCGGCGGGGGCGCGCCCUCCGCUGGCGGCAGCCAGGGCGUUCCCACUUCGAGGGCGGGCGGGGUGCCGUCCCGGAGAUCUUGGCAUCUCAAAUCUUUCGAGCCGGCGCCGACUCCGACGCCGGCGCCGACGUCGACGCCGAUGCCGACGCCGCCAGCCCAAGGCUCCGGUCGUGAUUUUCCAGGAAGUUCCAAUGUUUUAGCUGCGUCGGAUCUCAGGGGUGGAGUCAGCGGGCAGGU